UUUAGUCACCCGUGAGGCACGCCGACGUGAACGGUUGCCUCCGUUACGAGGGAGACCCACUCGCGCCGAGCGAGUCUAUUCAUUCCGCGCGACUGCACGAUACAUCGAUACACUCUGUCGAGGAAGACCGCGGUCACGUUCGAAAGAUCGACCGGCGCUGCCAUUGAAAGAGACACGACUCUCUUCCUCGCUAUCUGUCGGGAUUACACAUCUGCGCGAGAGGCUGACAGGUGAGAAUCUCACGGAGAUAAGGAAGGAUUCUCAAUAGACUUUUCCAGACUAUAUUCGACGAAGAUGCCCGCACAGUUCGAAACUGUCAACAGUCCCGUGACGCGGGAACCCGUGGUCACCAAUGGCGUACCGUAUUCCCUCGACAAUGACAUCGUCAUCACGGGCAUUUCAGGUCGCCUACCCGAAUCGGAGAAUAUCGAGGAGUUCAAGCAAAACCUGAUGAAGGGAGUAGACAUGAUCUCCGAAGACGAGCGCCGUUGGACGACCGGUAUUUACGGACUGCCGAAAAGGUCCGCCAAGGUGAAAGACAUCACCAGCUUCGACGCCUCGUUCUUCGGGGUGCAUCCGAAGCAAGCAAACGUGAUGGACCCGCAGCUUCGCAUAUUGUUGGAGAGCACGUAUGAAGCGAUCGUUGACGCAGGCAUCAAUCCGUCCGCCCUGAAGGGCACACGCACCGGUGUGUUCGUUGGUGUCUCCAGCUCGGAGUCAGACGAGUUCUGGACGAAAGACCCGGAUCUCGUAAACGGAUACGGAUUGAUCGGGUGUUGCCGAGCGAUGUUCGCCAACAGGAUCUCCUUCGCGUUCGAUUUCACCGGGCCGAGUUAUUCCUUGGAUACGGCCUGCUCGUCGUCCUUGUUCGCGUUGCAUCAGGCGGCCACGGCGAUGCGCGCCGGCGAGUGCGACGGCGCGAUCGUCGGCGGGCUGAAUCUCCUGCUGAAGCCCACAAACGCACUGCAAUUUCACAAGCUGAACAUGCUGUCCAUGGACGGCAAGUGCAAAACAUUCGACGCAACUGGCGACGGGUACGUGAGGGCGGAGGCGGUGGUGGCGGUGUACUUGCAGAGGGCAAAGGACGCGCGCAGGGUUUACGCCACGGUGGUGCACACCAAGACGAAUACGGACGGCAACAAGUCGCAGGGUAUCACUUACCCGAGCGGUGACAUGCAGAACCAGCUGAUGCGCGAGGUGUAUUCCGAGGCGGGCCUCAGCCCCGCGGACGUGACUUACGUGGAGGCGCACGGGACUGGCACGAAGGUGGGCGACCCGGAGGAGGUCAAUUCCAUCGACCGGCUGUUCUGCAAAGACAGGAAGACACCUCUGCUGCUCGGCUCGGUCAAGUCCAACAUGGGACACGCGGAAUCCGCCAGCGGCCUGUGCGCGCUCGCCAAGGUGUUGAUCGCGAUGGAAGCGGCCGUGAUUCCCCCGAACUUGCACUUCCACACUCCGAACCCGCUUAUACCCGCCUUGGUCGAGGGCCGUAUUCGCGUGGUCGACGAGGCCACGCCGUGGAACGGCGGACUCACGGCGAUCAAUUCGUUCGGUUUCGGCGGCGCGAACGCGCACAUACUUCUGCGCAGUAACCCGAAGCCGAAGCUGCCAUCGGCGCCGGACACCUCGCAGCUGAAGAAGCUGAUCGCAGUGUCGGGUCGCACGGAGGAGGCCGUGCGCGCGUUGCUGGACGAGGCGCUGCAGCAUCGCAAGGACGACGAGUUCCACGCGCUGCUGCACGCCUUGCACAAGAGCGACAUACCGGGGCACAGAGUCCGCGGCUGCGAAGUACUCAGCGUCGAUGGCACGCGUGAGAUCGUCGAGGUGUCGCGGCAGGAGGAGCGACGUCCCGUCUGGUUCAUCUUCUCCGGCAUGGGCACGCAGUGGCCGGGUAUGGGCCGGGCGUUGCUCGGCAUCGAGACCUUCCAACGUAGUCUGCGACGGUGCGCGGACGCGUUGAAACCCUACGGUAUCGACCUGAUGAACAUCAUCGGCAUCGACGGCGGCACAGCUGAGAACGUGAUGGAGACGUUCGUGGCGAUCGCGGCGAUCCAGGUCGCCCUGGUCGACGUGAUGACGCUGAUCGGCGUCCAACCGGACGGCAUCGUCGGCCACUCGGUCGGAGAAUUGGGCUGCGCGUACGCCGACGGCUCGUUCACGCCCGAACAGACCGUGUUGGCCGCCUACUGCAGAGGCAAGGCGAUCAUGGAGGCGAAACUGGAGCCAGGCUCUAUGGCGGCGGUCGGCCUCAGUUGGGAGGACGCGAGGAAGAUGUGCCCGGCCGACGUCACCCCGGCGUGCCACAAUGCCGCGGACUCGGUCACCAUUUCCGGCCCGGUCGAGUCCGUACGGGCGUUCGUGGAGGAGCUGAAGAGCAAGGACAUCUUCGCCAAGAUAGUCAACAGCUCCGGCGUCGCUUUCCACAGCAAACACAUCUCGUUAGCGGGGCCGAAGCUGCGCGCCUCCCUCGACGAGAUCAUACCGAGCCCGAAACGGCGCUCGGCCAAGUGGAUCUCCAGCUCGAUACCGGAGUCCGCGUGGGCCAGUCCGCUCGCGCAGUUCAGCUCGUCCGCGUAUCACGUGAACAAUCUGCUGUCGCCGGUUCUCUUCCAAGAGGCGAUCGCCCACAUCCCGGCGAACGCGAUCACGAUCGAGAUCGCGCCGCAUUGCCUGCUGCAGGCGAUUCUGCGCAGGUCGCUGCCGCAAACGGUGACGAACAUCGGCCUGCACAAACGCGACCACUCGAACAACCUGGCCUUCCUCCUGUCCAGCAUAGGCAAACUCUAUACGGCCGGCGUGCAACCGGACAUCGCCAAGCUCUACCCUCCGGUGAACUUCCCCGUUGGCCGCGGCACCCCGAUGAUCGGCUCGCUCGUCAAGUGGGACCACUCCAUCGCGUGGGAAGUGGCGUCCUUCGGGAAGACGUCGAGUCAGUCGGGAGAGACCAUCGUCCAAGUGGACCUCUCGAAGGAGACGGACGCGUACCUGGCGGGACACCAGAUCGACGGGCGCGUCAUCUUCCCAGCCACCGGCUACAUGCUGCUCGUGUGGAAGACGUUCGCGAAGCUGCGCGGAGCGGACUUCGAGCGGCUGCCGGUGGUGUUGGAAAACGUGCGCUUCCAACGCGCCACCAUCAUGCCGAAGGAGGGCUCGGUGAGAUUCUCGAUCAACAUCUUCCAGGGUAGCGGUGACUUCGAGAUCUGCGAAGGCGGCACGGUCGUCGUCAGCGGGCACAUUCGCGCGUCCACCGAUAUCAAGGCGGACCAGCUGACGUUGCCGGCGCUCUCGGCCGACGAUCAGAAGGACGUCUUGCCGUUGAACACCAAAGACGUUUACACGGAACUGAGGCUGCGCGGCUACGAGUAUCGCGACGUCUUCCAGGGGAUCAAGAGCAGCGACAACUACGGCAUCGCCGGCGAACUACGCUGGGUCAACGAUUGGGUCUCCUUCAUGGACACCAUGCUCCAGUUCAGCCUGUUGUCCACCAGCCACAGGCUGAUGUAUCUGCCGUCGAGCCUCCAGUACGCCGCGAUCGACCCCAUCGGUCACAGACGACUGGUCGAGAGGUUGCCGGACGAGGACGCCGGCUUGUUGCCGGUGUAUCGCUACAAGAACGUCAAUAUCGUGAAGUCGGGCGGCAUCGAACUGCGAGGCUUGAAGUCGUCUCCAGCGCCGCGGCGACAGCAGAACCAACCUAGCCCCAUACUCGAGCGGUCCGUAUUCCUGCCGUAUGAAAAUCCGUCCGGCUUCGCCGAGAAGGACCCGAAAGCGAGGAUGCACGCGAUCACUGUGCUGCUGCAGAUCGUUUGCGAGAACACCAAAGCGAUCAAGAUGAACAUGGUGGAAGUCGCGGACGGGCGAGCCGCCGGGAAUCUUCUAACGCCUCUCCUGCUCGAUUCGCUCUCUGGCGAGUCUUUAGUUAGCUCUGUCAAUGCACAAAUAGCCGCCGUUUCAUCGGAUGAUUACACGGCGAGUCUCGGUGAAAUGAAUUUGAACGUGGAGGUUGUGCAGCGAGACGUGAAGAGCACACCACCCGCCCAAGACGUUCAUCUCGUUGUAGCGGCAGACGUAUUGUCCGAUCAGUCGUACAUCGUACUGAAAAAUCUGCUGGCUGCGUUGAGACCCAACGGUUUUAUUCUUCUGGAAGAGGACGCGGCUCAAUUCGCUCAGGUCGACUUGAAGACCGCGCUAAAGACGACGGAUCUGGUAUUGGCCGGCACACAGGCCGAUGCCUCGGGAAAUAUUUACGUGUUGCUGAAGAAACGGUUGCCGAAGAGAGAAGAACCGAUCGUUGUACAGGUCACAGAAAGAAAUCUCUCUUGGUUGGAAGACGUGAAAGCGGCGCUGAAAAACGAAGAGAAACGAGAAGUGAUCCUGGUGUCCCAGGGCGAAGAGUUGCUCGGUUUAGUCGGCCUGAUGACGUGCAUCCGGCAAGAGAACGGCGACACGCGCUACGUCUUCAUCCGGGACAAGAAAGCUCCCAAGUUCGGCUUGAACGUGGAGUUCUACGCGAAGCAACUGGACAAAGGACUGAUGGCGAACGUGCUGUGCACAGGAGUGUGGGGUAGCUAUCGGCAUCUGCGAAUGGACCGACGGAACGACGUGCCGUGCGUGCAAAGCAAGCACGCUUACGUGAACACGCUGACUAGAGGUGAUUUGAGCAGCUUGAAAUGGAUCGAGAGUCCGUUGAGUCAGCAGCAGCGGUCCGACGAAGCGCCACUGUGUAGCGUAUAUUACGCGUCGUUGAACUUCAGAGAUAUCAUGUUGGCAACUGGCAAACUACCGCCGAACGCUUUGCCGGGGAAAUUGGCCACGGAGGAGUGCGUAUUGGGUUUGGAAUUCUCCGGGAGAACCGAGGACGGCCGUAGAGUGAUGGGAAUGUGCCUGUGUCGCAGUUUGGCCACCACCCUGCUCGCCGAUCCCCAUUUUCUCUGGGAAGUGCCCGACGAGUGGACGCUGGAGCAGGCAGCGACGAUACCGAUCGCCUACUCGACCAGCUACUACGCCCUGUUCAUACGCGGUCGACUGAAGCCGGGUGAGAGUGUGUUGAUUCACGCCGGCAGCGGCGGCGUCGGCCAAGCGGCGAUCUCUGUUGCCUUGCACGCCGGUUGCACCGUAUUCACCACCGUCGGCACACCGCAAAAGAGGGAGUACCUGAAGCGGACCUUCCCGCAGCUGAACGACAGGCACAUCGGCAAUUCCCGCGACACCAGCUUCGAGCAGAUGAUCUUCACGGAGACGCGGGGACGCGGGGUCGACCUGGUGCUGAACUCGCUGGCGGAUGAGAAGCUACAGGCCAGCGUACGGUGUCUCGCGCAGGACGGUCGCUUCCUGGAGAUCGGCAAGUACGAUAUGUCGAACGACAGCUGCCUGGGCAUGUCCUUUUUCCUGAAGAACACCACCUUCCACGGCAUAUUGCUGGACGUGCUGUUCGAGGAGCGUGGAGAGAAGAUGCAGUUAGCGAAACUCAUGUCGGAGGGGAUCGCGAGCGGCGCGAUGCGGCCGUUGCCCACUACCGUGUUCUCGGAGGAGCAGAUCGAGGAAGGAUUCAGAUUCAUGGCGACGGGCAAGCAUAUCGGCAAGGUGCUGCUGAAGAUCCGCGACGAGGAGCCGAAGAGGCUCGUGCAGCCGUCGCCGAAGGUCGUCCUCGCCGUACCGCGUACUUACAUGGACCCGAAGAAGUCGUACGUACUGGUCGGCGGCCUCGGCGGCUUCGGCCUGGAGUUGGCCAACUGGUUGGUCGCGCGUGGCGCCAAAUUCAUCGUUCUCGUGUCGCGCUCAGGCAUACGCACCGGUUACCAGGCGCUGUGCGUGCGUCGCUGGCGGGAGAGCGGCGUCAAGAUCGUCGUCUCCACGGCGGACACGACGACGUUGUCGGGCGCUGAACGCCUGUUCGCCGAGAGCGAGAAACUGGCACCGGUGGCCGGCGUAUUUAACUUGGCGGCCGUGUUGCGCGACUCUUUGAUCGAGAACUUGCAGGAGGCCGACUUCAGGACGGUGAUGAAGCCGAAGAUUGACGCGACGAGACACUUGGACGUGGUGUCCAGGAAGGCCCGUGUGCCGUUGGACCACUUCGUUGUGUUCUCGUCCAUAUCGAGCGGUCGCGGCAACAUCGGUCAAACCAAUUACGGUUUCGCGAAUUCGGCUAUGGAGAGGAUAGUGGAGGACAGACAGCGGCACGGCUUCAAAGGCCUCGCGAUUCAGUGGGGUGCUAUCGGAGACGUCGGCUUAAUUGUUGAAACAAUGGGUGGUAACGACAUCAUAAUAAGCGGCACGCAGCCGCAGCUCAUUUCGAGCUGCCUCGCAACCAUAGACGACUUCCUGCAGCAACAGCACCCGGUGGUGGCUUCCACAGUGAUAGCUGAGAAGUACAAAUCCACGGAUGGCGACAGCAAGAUGGAUCUCGUGGCAGCGGUUGCCAAUAUCCUCGGCAUCAAGGACAUGAGCUCGAUGAAUCCCGACAUUAGCCUGGCCGACAUGGGUAUGGAUUCUCUGAUGGGCACGGAGAUCAAGCAGGUCCUCGAGAGGAAUUACGACAUCGUGCUGUCGGCGCAGGACAUCCGCACCCUGACGGUCGCCAAGCUGCAGGUCAUGUCCUCGAGCAACAGCGAGGCCAUCAAGGAGCAGCUGUCUUCUAUCGCUGCGGACGCAUCUCUCGUCAAUUCUGCCAACGAAAUGCUGCUGAUGCAGUGGCCAAGCGACGAGUUGCUGCCCAAGGAAGCUCUCGUACGUCUAAAGACGAAGAGCUCCAACGGACCGGCGUUGUUUAUCGUUCACGCGAUCGAAGGUCUCACCAACUCGCUCGAGCACAUGGCCAAGGAACUGGAGAGGCCGCUGUGGGGUCUGCAGAGUGUCGAAGCAACGCCCCACGAUACGAUACAGGAGAUGGCGGAAUUCUACGUGGAAACCAUCAAGAAGGUCCAGAAAAAAGGGCCGUACCACUUGGCCGGCUACUCGUUCGGCACGAGCAUCGCCCUCGAGAUGGGUCUGCAGUUGGAGUCCGCCGGCGAGAAGGUGAUCUUGACGCUGAUCGACGGCUCGCCGGUUUACUUACUGAAGCAGGUAGAGAAGAUCGGCAAAAUAAACAUAGACGACGAUUUCACUUCAGACAGCUGCAUGAAGGCGUUGGCAUACUUCAUGAUACAAUUUAAUAGGAGCAUCAAUUUCGGUCAGGCAUACAAAAUCCUGAAAACAACAAAAACGGACGUGGAGAUGUUCAACAAAUUGGUGGAGGUCAUCGGCGAAGCGCAGUUCUCGGGCGAUGAUCUAAAGAUCGCUGGAUAUCACUUGUUCAAGAAAUUAGCAGCCGUUACGAUCUACGAUACCAACAGAAAGUUCGACGGACCGGUCACGUUAGUCAAGGCUAUAGAUACUUUUACAUCUAUGGAGAAGGACUACGGUUUGUCCAAGUCUUGCACACAACCGGUGCGAAUAGAAGAGGUGCACGGUAAUCACAGGACGAUACUGUUGGGAGAAAGCGCGAAGAAGAUCGCGAACAUCCUUCGAGCGUAGUUUGAGGAACGUACUGUUGCUUAAGAACGCCGCGCGAAAUUUCAAUUGAAAUUCGGGAAUGUGCCACGUGCGCGCGACAUCGAAGUAAAAUUGAACGAUCGAUUUACUUCGAACUAGAUUCGUGUAGGGAGGAAGUCUUUUUAGCAUAUAUGCCUUUCGUAAUUGUAUUCCAGUAUCAAUGUCAGAGGGUCUCCUGUAUUCCGCGAGAAAAAGCGGGAUCGUACAAAAUGGAGGAUGCGAUAGCCUCUCAUGAUAGUAUUUCUACGUUACCACAUAUUAGUUCAAGUUACACAGAAUCAUCUACGUAGUAUUUAAGUUUACAGGAUUACUUGAAGAAGUUAUUUCAAGGCAAUGUAUCGUAUGUUGUUUGCGAUAUGGUUUCGGAACGAGGACUCGUCGAAUCUGUCGUUAAGUUCUCAUAUGUAUACGCUGUAUCUAUUUAUUUAAAUUAUCCAGAGAACUGAGAUCUAUCGCGCAUUCCUUUGUUCCAGUUAAUAAGAUUAAUCGGUAAUGGUUUUAUACGGACUAGCAUCAUUUCCUUUAGCCGCCAUCUAACAAAAGAGAGCCUCCCACGCCUUUUCAUCGUACAAUGAAAUUGUAAAUAGACAAUGAUGAAUGAUACCAAAGCGCAAAUGUAUCGACGCAACUAUUAAUCAAUGGCGAACUCUUUCAUCCUCUCUCUUUCUCUCUCUGUCUUUCAUCGUUUCUAAAUAUUAUUAUUAAAAUGUUAUCCAGUGUCUCGUAUAAUUAGUCACAAAAUGUAUAAUAAUUCCAUAUAUUUUACAUUGCGUUACCAAUUAUUACAAAGUAACGAUUAUAACAAAGGAAAGGAGAUGCGUCUUUAAACAGCGAAAACGUUGUACUUUCUACGAACUAAGAGAAAAGAACAUUAAACACGCUGUGUAUUCGUUAUUUUCCGUUUGUGCGUGUUAUGCGUCGAAGGGAAUAACGUUAACAAAAGUUCGAAAAAGCACGUUGUACAGUUGAUAUAUAAUAUUUAUCCAAUA